AGCGCACAAUUAAAAACUCGUCUUUUAAUUAAUUUUUCCAAUUUUUUUGUUUCUUUAAUCCACUUUUCGAUAGUGUUUUGAUUUUUAGAAAAUGUCAUUAACUUCAUAUAUCGUCUCUGUUAUAUUUCUUUAUCAACCAGGAAGUUUUAUUUUGUAUUAUUAGUAACAGGGAUAAUCGAUAAUAAGAUCCAUUUAACUUGAAACGAUGCAACCAAUGUAAAGUAUUGUAAUAAGUAAGGAAUCUUUCAUUUACACGAGAGCGUAAAAAAUGUUCUUCCACGAUGUGACAUUCAGGAGAUUUCUCUUUGUGAUCCAUGUCAUAUCAAAUUCUGUGCUAGGUUUGAGAAUGUGUAAACACUAUUCCAACAUGACCAAGAUUUACGCUGAAGUGAACACGUCCACUAAUUGUACAUUUUGUGUGUCAACUUUCGCUCAGAAAAUCAAUGAUUUAUUUCUAAUUGACAAUGAUGUGUUUAGUUUUCAUGAUUCAUCAACAAAUGUAAGAGUCACAAAACAUCCAGGACAGAUUUUCAUGGAAUAUUACAUAAACUUCUUUAUCACAAAUAUCACCAGUAGAUCUUUUAAAAACUAUGAGAUAACUCUUUCUGAUUCAGAAGAAAACACACUUAUCUUGUUCAUUGAAGUCCUGCACUCAGAACUUGUUUUAAAAACAGAACCAAAAGUUGAAGCUCUGCAUGAAGGUUUAAAAGCUGAUAUUAUUUGUCACUCAAGUCAUGAGAGAACAAUGAGUCUACAUUUGUAUAAACAAGGGAUAAAGAAAACCUUGAUGUCGUCAAACAACAACACACUGACCUAUACAUUAAAACCUUUAAAAUGUCAAGACAUGGGCUCCUACACAUGUGUGUUACAUCUGACAGGAGGAAACAAUCAAAUAACACACUUGGAUGUCAGGCUAAAUCAUUGUCCGCCCGUGUUAUGUAACGGUCAGUUGUCCAGACAAAGUCAUCAAGUAGAACUUGGGGGGACAGUGACCAUUAACUACUGUGUUGUGUCACCAGACCUGACUGACCAGAUCAGCAUCAACAGACAGGUGUAUAUUUUGAACCAGCCAAGUGAUGGACACAUCCAGGUGAUGUCAAAUAACAGUCUGUCUCCCUUGUAUCGUAAUGUUAGCAUACAUGUCUCUCAUAUCGGACCUGGAGAUGACCAAGUCUAUACUGUCAUAUUGAACACAUCAACAGGCAGACAGCUACAUCUACAGUUUGAACUGGUUUCACAGUCAGAUUAUCUACACUUAUGUCAAGAAGAACUGAAAGAUCAAAGCGUAUCCAUAGCGGAAGGACACAAAUUAACUCUAUCAAGAUGUAUCAAUGUAUCUCUACAUAAUGAUCUUCAUCGUCUUUACGUCAUUGUAAAUGGAACUACUUUCUAUAAGAAUCAGUGCAUCGACACUAAAUGUGUUGUUUGGUCUAGACAAAAUGUGAACACUACAUUGUACACAAUAUUUAUAGUCAUUGAAAGUAUUACGAGUCUAGACUUUGGAGAGUUGAAUGUGACAGUUGGUACCAAGUAUAACCACAGUCAGACUAUCUCAGAAAUACAUUACAUUUUCAACAUUAUCAGACAAGGUCAAGUAAAUUGUUCUAUGAAAGCUGAAGUUACUUCCCCAAAUGCUGAUUACCUGAACAUAUCAUGGAGCUCGGACUUGUGUCCAACUGUCCAUCUUCUGGUCACUGCCAGCAAUAGAAUAAUACAGAAUGUCAGCUACAGCUCUGAUACAAGUUAUGUACAUAUUACAGGCCUACAGCAAGAAACAAUUUACAAAAUACAAAUUCAGUGUUAUAAGACACACGACACUUUUGGAAAUCCAUCUUGUCAUCCAACAUUGUAUCAUCACACAGUUCAAUCAUAUGCAUCAAAGUCUAACCAAGGGUUGAUCGUUCUUAUAACAACUAUUGUUGUCUCCCUUGUACUUCUGUCCACGUUGGCUCUGCUCAUUGUGAUCCGGACAAAAUUUCCAAGUAAAUUGUUACCUCCAACAGAUGACAACAUUUACGACAGUUUGAAUGCUGAAAUGAACGCAUCAUCAGAGGUCAGAGGUCAAAAUAGGAGUGACUAUUAUUCUACUGUUCUGUUUCACUCAAGUUUAGAAAUAACAUACGUAAACUUGGCACCACGAAUGUUGGAAAACGACUAUAGUAAUAAAAGUGUGUUUUCUGUUGAGACGCACACUGGUACUGAGGUAGAUUCAGGCGAGCCAUUAAAUCUACAUGUAUAUGAACACUUGGACUAAACCACCAUGUAUUAGUUUGUUGAAUCACUGGACAAUAUCAAGUUAAAUCUGUAACAAAGUGACGGCUGUCGAUGAUGUAAUAAAUGCAUCUAAUACAACAGUUUGAUUAAGUUGAGUUGGAAGCUUCAGCCCUUGUCGGGGAGGGGGGUGCUAUUUUAUCCUAUUUACUGCAACUUCCCCUCACACUAACCAUUGUAUUCUAGUUCUAUUAGCAGACGUGUUCAUUUAUCAGUUUCACUAGCAAGUAGACUCAGCAAUACAAUAUGUAAAGGUUACAAAGUUAAAUCUUAUUGUCCGUAAGCUAGAGUCUAAUGAGUGAAUAAAACUUAUGAAGUAGAUAGUAAUUUCGGUAAGACGAGUGUAACAUCUGAAAUACUAUGGAUAACCAUUAAUGAAAGUUUAUAAUUCUUGACUUCUAAAAUGUUCUAAUGAUAUGACAAAGUCAAGUUUUAAACAGUAUUUUAGUUUUAGCUGUUUAUUUCUUUAUUGUAUUUAUAUAUUUUAGGUGCCCCGGAGAAUAUUUUUUGAUAUCCGGCCGGAGCGGAUAUGAUCAGAUAGUACGGACGCCGUACCUUCAUGUCUAGUAAAUACUAAAGAGCAAUAAACUGAACAUUUGGCAACAAUUCUUAAUAGCAUAUCUAAUUACUUUUGUAAAUUUUAUUUUCUUUUUUCACCCUUUUGUGUUGAUGAAUUAACGUUGAUGAGAAUCUAUUAAAGGAUAUCACAAACUAA